AUGGGCUGCCUGGGGAGGAAAACCCUGCCUUUCUUCCUCAUUUUUGUGCCCAUAUAUCUAUGUGGGGCUUUGUUGCAAGAAACCGCACCUGAGAGGCAAAGAAAACCAUUCCUUGAGAGGCUCUGUAGACUAGAAGCACAGUUUUGGAGGUUCCAAGAGGCAACCCUAAAGCACCUGCAGGGCAUCGCCAGCAACUACAACCUGUCCUUUGUCAUGGAGGCCUGGUUCUGGAGCCUGGCCCACGAGAGCCAGGCCGUGGCCCUGGCACUCAGCCAGCUGCAGGCCGCCGUGCAGGGUGACCUGGGCCACCUCAAGACCUGGGUGUGGAAGACUCAGUGCAGAGGCCAGAAGGUGGACAACAGGCUGCUGGCCUUGGGCGCCGCCCUGAGUGAGAGGAGCAAGCAGCGCGCCCAGGAGAGGAAGGGGCAGGAGGAGCAGAGGAACGCCCUCUCUUGCUGGCCCUGGACGUGCAGGCCGCACGGCAUGCUGGCUCGCCUGAUGCCCCUCGUCCAGAGCCAGGGCGCCAGGCUGGCAGCUUUCAAGGGGCGGCUGCAAGUAGCCAGCCCUGGCACCGCCGCCCUGCGCGUGACCCCGGCCCCACCUAGACCAUCGAGCCCAAGCUCCCCACAGCUGCAGGCAGUUUGCAACGUGGACCCUGCACUCAUCUUUCCGAACGCGUCCACUGUGAAUGUGAUCUUCUCGCCCGGCUUCUUCACUGGCCUACGGGCCCUGUCUGUCUGCAGCUGGGUCUGCACAGCCUUGGGCCACCUGGGCACCCUCCUCUCGUACACCAGCAAAGAAAAUGACAAGCUGGUUCUGCAUGGCCGAGACUCCCUGCCCCCCGGCUCCAUCCACUCUGUGAUUGGAGACCCGGCCUUCAGGGAGCUGCCCCUCCAGCCACUGCCAGACGGCUGUUGGCACCAUGUGUGUGUCAUCUGGACGUCCAUUCUGGGCCUGGGCAGGUACUGGCUCCACAUGGGCCGAAGGCUAGUGGCCACUGGCUCCCGCUUUGGGGAAGGCUAUGAGAUUCCUCCGGGGGGCUCCCUCAUGCUAGGCCAGGAGCACGAGAGCAUUGGGGGCGGGUUUGAUGGCCCUGAGGCCUUUGUGGGGAGCCUAGCAGGCCUGGCCAUAUGGCACCGGGUGCUGGUCCCCAGGGAGGUCUCAAACCUGGCCACUGGGAAGGAGUUCCUGAUGGGUGCCAUCCUAACACUGGCCAACGCCGCAUCGGUAGACGGAUUCGUGCAAAGGGUGAACUGCACCUGCCUACAGCUCUGUUCCUGA